AAAUAAUAAAUAAAAUCAUUUCACGUAAAUUAAUCAAAUUCAUGGAAAUAACAAUAAAUUAAUUUUUAUUUAUGGUUAAAAUGUGUAAAAUACUGUAAACAGUGUCAAUUGGUGGAAAUGUGUGAAAUAAUACCAGUUCCACGGUCAACCCUAUAGGGUACCGUAACUAUAUAAAAAGGAGUAAAAAAUGAGUUGGUUUGAUAAAUUUAAAAGGGAGCCUGAGGUGAUAAAUUUGAAUGAAAGGGCGGAGCGAUUCCAGUCUGAGGUGGAUGUUAUGUUGGCGGAAGUCACGCGUAUGUCACUGCCGUUACAGAAAAAAUCAUUUCAAUGUUGUACCAACUGUUUUGACUUAAGUCCGGAGAAUUUAGACGAAAUUACAAAUUGUAUUAAAAACUGUCAAAAAAAGCCCGAAGAAUUUGGGAACGCCGUACAAGCCGAACUCAACCAACUUCAAUCCUCACUCACCAACUGCCACCAAAAAUGUGUGAAUAUGAACAAGGGUGACGGGAAUGUGGAGAUGGAGCGGUGUGCGGUGAAAUGCUACGAUUCCAACCAGAACAUGAUCAAAACCAUCCGCAACAACCUACAAAAAAAUUACCAAAAUUUUCUCUAA